AUGAAAUACGUAGACCUUGAAACCGACUCGCCAUCCAUGGUCGCCGAUGAUCUUAAUGGGCUCUGUACCGUAUGUAAGACGAUCGACCUCGUCUUCUUAACUAGGGAAUCCUGUUGUCGGAGCGAUGAUAAAAAGUGCAUAUUAUCUAUCGGCCCCCUGGGCUACGUCCUCGACAAAGCUGUGUUUUGUGCCGCUUGUCUCCUGAUACAGGCUAUUGCUGCUUGCUCCUCUACGAGAGUCAACGCCGAGGACUCCGUUCUGGUUAGAAAGUUAUACCUUAGAAGUGAAAAUCGCAUAAGAAAAAUAGAUGAUAGCAAUUUCAUAGAAGGGCAUGGACUUCCAAUGCGAGAUAGCAGAGUUAUCCAGGAUUAUAGAGCUUUAAAAGCUGAGGAUGGUCUCGUCGAGGUUGCCUUAGCAUUACAUCAGGAAAUGGUGAUAGGGCAAAUCAUCAGAUCGCAAGUUGCAGGACCAAAAGGUGCCACACAGCAUGCGAAUUGUGACAAUUCGGAAGCGAUACAGGUUGUUAGUCGGGAGGUGCCCCCGACCCUCAGCAUUAGUUUACUAAAGGACUGGAUACGCCGUUGCUACGGCGGACCUUCCAGGAGGCCAUCCUCGCUCGGCGUGUCAUCGUCUUUACAGAACACCAAGUGUACUGGAAUUGCCGCGAGGACGCCUGGCGCGAAGAGAUUCUCCGGAAGAGAGUUUACGGAUACAGGGGACGUGAUCUGGGCGUUUAUGGGGCUUCUCAAGCUGCAAGCUCCGCGAUUUACCCAGGGCUAUCGCGGCUCUCACCAUAGAGUGCCCAUGGGAAAGGACCGGCUAUUUACGCUGGACUUCCCAUCGUGGUCGUGGCUAGCAUCGUCAGAGUGGCAUAAGCCUUUACUCAUUGGAGAUGCGAUAUAUCCAAAUCCCCAGACUGCGGAAGGAGGCCAGAGUAGUAGCCUUCCCAAAGAUAUUUCAGAUACCUCUCAACUUGCUUCUCCCCUUUUUAAAGUGGCCCAAGGCGAAGGGAUACUAGACUAUGGGCUCCUCCAAUUUACGGCCCAGACCGCAAAGCUGCGGUUCAAGCAGACAAGCAAGCAGGAAACCAAGAACAAAUGGGUAAAAGCAAAAGCCUAUUGUUUAUGGGGCAGAUACAUCGGUAAGUUAACAAUUACUAGCAGCUUCUUCGGGGAUAAGUCGAAGCGGGUCGGCGAGUGCGUUCUACUGUCGACAAACACGUUCAGAUAUUGUCCGCUUAAUAAAACGCACAAUGUUAUGUUGAUCGAGCGGGAUGGGGACAUGGCGUACAGGAAAGGCUUGGGGGCGAUAAAGAAAAACGUCUGGGCCAGAGUCAAAGCCAAGAGCAAGCGUAUGGUAUUGGGCUAACUGGCUUUCUGUCAAGAGACACGGAAGAAUACCAUGUCCCAAGCGGCUCUGAGUGGUACCUACUUGAGAAUCACGAGGCAGUCAUCAUUACCCCAUCCCAUGCCUCCAUAUCCAUCUUUCCCGAGCAUGAUCCAGUGCCAAGCCCAUCUAUGCCAUCAGUGUUUGUAAGAUUCACCUUUCUUCCUUCCAAACAACCGAACAGGGUAACUUUCUUUGUGCCAAAGCAUCAUAGCCUUCUGGUCUGUCCACUUACGGAAUGCUGAAGGCCGA